UGAAGAGCCGCGCGAUGUGAUGUUGCGUCUGUAAGGCGCGUUUUAGACAAGCGAGUGAGGCGCUUUACACCUCAACAAUUUUAUUUUAAUGAGAAAUACGGAACUAAAUAUUGUUGCAGUUGAUCAGAAGGAAACGCUGGUUUGGGACCUCAAAAGGUUUAUCAUUCAAAAUGGCAUGUAGUGAGGAAGACGAGGCGCAAUGUUACGCAAAACUUAUGCAGCUUCAGAAACCUGCUGGAAAUACGUUGAAAGCAUUGCUUGAAUACGAGAUAAAAAAAAAAAGACUAUCGAUUGACCAGGUAUUGUUGAGUCAUAAGAAAAAAAUAUUACGAAAGGUUGAACAUUCUGCAAAAGAUUUACUCUUCCCAAAAGGGAAACAGCAAACAAAUGUAGAUAAAUGGGAUAUAUCAUUGUUCUGUUAUAUCUUACGGACUUGCUGCAUGCUGCAACCAACCCAAGAUAACGAUGUAAAUGAUGUGCGUACUACACGAAACUACAUUGCUCAUUCACCAAAGCCUUGUGUUAGCAAUGCCGAUUAUGCAAUGCAUGCAAAUGUUUUCAAGACCUUUAUUACAAACACGUUGAAUCACAUUAAUGAUCAAGACUUAAAGGCAGAAAUAAACGAGCAGGUACAAGAAGCAGAACGCCCCGUAGGCAAACAAGUUAUUGAAGCGUACACCAUCUGUCACAAAAGCAAUAGUUCCGUAGUAGACGACGUGAAAGAGCACUUAGAUAAACACCAUGCAGUUGUGCUAGAUAAAUUUGAAGACCUGGAGAAAUUGAUCAACACAUUGCCAAAAGAGUCGCAGGCGAAGCUUGAACCACCAAAUCUAGCCAGCUUUAAACUACUGAUUAAGAAUUGUAGUCCGGAUGAAGAAGAGAAAAUAUCGCAAGUCUUAGUUCGAAUAUUUGGAGAACAUUUAGGAAAGAAAUUCAGCACCUUGCCGGAAGAAACAUGUGAAGGGCUUAAACAUAUUGUGGGACAAAUAUGCAAGGAGCUUCAAAAGAUGGUUGACCUGACAGAAGCCAAGUAUGGGUGUGUAUGUAUCACCAUCCGGUUUUACGACUUUGUAUCCUACAUGGAUUUUUUGGACAAAUCGGUUAAUGGAAAACUUACAGAAAUUGCACUUCCGCUUCAAAAUGCUUUAAGAUGCUGCUUUGAAAUAGAAGACUUACAAGUAGAGUUUGUCAUGAACGAUGAGCAGUUAUUAGAUUGCUUCGACCACACACUGGAGUGCUUGAAGAAUGUGUACUCCUCAUUGAUGAAAACGACACACGUAAACGAACAAGAUGGCAAUACGCAUCCAAACAAUAAUGAACAGAGCACAUUAUAUUCAGCUGCACCGGUUACCGAAGUGCCAGACAUUUUAAUGUCAACCUUUUGCACCGUGCUGGACAAACAAAGCGAUUUAAGUAUAUCAAAGAAUGAUGCAGAAAAAUAUGGACAGGUUUUGAAAGAUGCUAUAGAAAUAUUUACAGCUGGUUCCAUGAUUCAAUCGGAAAAGGAGCAGGAUCAGUCGCCUCCAGGAGAGGCAGAAGUGAACAUUCGUUCUACAAAACAGUCCGCCGAAAGUGAAAAAGAAGCCCUAUUGCUAAAAGGAAAGGGUCAGGAACAAUUCCGUGCAGCUGGGGCAGAAAGAGAGUUAAAUUUAAAGAGACAGUCCGCCAAAACCAAUGAAGAAUCCAUUUCGACGACAGGAACGGGUCAUUUUCAAUCUCCCGCGUUGGAAAAAGGGGGAGCAGCAGAAGGGCAUUUUAAACAAGAGUCGACCGAAAAUGUAGAUGAAGAUUUGUUGUCAAAAGAUUUCAAGAAUCUACCAGUUAUAGACCUGGAUCCGUCGUCUCUGGGAAAGGCAAAAUACAUUCGUGUAACCAACCAGUACGAAGAAAGUGAAACCCUAUUGCAAAAAAGUAAUGGAACGGAUCAGUACCUGCCGCUACCGGUGGAGGCAGAGAAAGACAAACACUAUCAUGUUGCUAGUAUGCCUGGUUCCAUGAUUCAAUCGGAAAAGGAGCAGGAUCAGUCGCCUCCAGGAGAGGCAGAAGUGAACAUUCGUUCUACAAAACAGUCCACCGAAAGUGAAAAAGAAGCCCUAUUGCUAAAAGGAAAGGGUCAGGAACAAUUCCGUGCAGCUGGGGCAGAAAGAGUGUUAAAUUUAAAGAGACAGUCCGCCAAAACCAAUGAAGAAUCCAUUUCGACGACAGGAACGGGUCAUUUUCAAUCUCCCGCGUUGGAAAAAGGGGGAGCAGCAGAAGGGCAUUUUAAACAAGAGUCGACCGAAAAUGAAGAUGAAGAUUUGUUGUCAAAAGAUUUCAAGAAUCUACCAGUUAUAGACCUGGAUCCGUCGUCUCUGGGAAAGGCAAAAUACAUUCGUGUAACCAACCAGUACGAAGAAAGUGAAACCCUAUUGCAAAAAAGUAAUGGAACGGAUCAGUACCUGCCGCUACCGGUGGAGGCAGAGAAAGACAAACACUAUCAUGUUGCUAGUAUGCCUGGUUCCAUGAUUCAAUCGGAAAAGGAGCAGGAUCAGUCGCCUCCAGGAGAGGUAGAAGUAGACAUUCGUUCAACAAAACAGUCAGUCGAAAGUGAAAAAGGAGCCCUAUUGCUAAAAGGAAAGGGUCAGGGACAAUUUCGUGCAGUUGGAGCAGAAAGAGAGAUAAAUUUAAACAGACAGACCACCAAAAGCAAUGAAGAAUCCAUUUCGACGACAGAGUAUUUCCAAAUUGAAGACAGUCCGGCACGAGACGAGAGUCGUCUUUAUGCAAAAAAAAGAGAAUUAAAGGCACAGCUAAUCAAGUACUAUAAACAAUCUGCAAACAGGAUUGCCGUUAGGCUCGACAUUGAGGAAGCCGUUGAAAAGCUAUACGAAACCCCUAAACUUACCUUAAAGAAAAUCGAAAAUGGCGUGAUAAUAGAGGAAGAUAUUCCUGAAGUAAGCCAACUGUUUUCGACAAAUGAUGGCAAAAUGAAUGAAAAGAUCAUUAUCGAGGGUGAGCCUGGAACAGGCAAGACCUCUUUGUGUAAAAUGAUCGUGGCUGACUGGCUAAGGGGAAAUACGAAAGUUGAGCAGAAGCCAAUCACACCAAAUUUAAGUAAGUUUGAAUUCGUCUUCUUCAUCACACUUCGCGCUGUUAAAACUGAGAGUAGAAUUAAAGCAAUGAUAGUCAAAAAUAUACUAAAGAGUAUUGAUCCAGUCUAUGAACACGAGGACUCACUGCUGGGAGAAAUUCUAACAUUAGACAAUUGUCUUCUCCUGCUUGAUGGCUUGGAUGAAUGGCGAGAAGAAAUGCCUCAUGUUCAAACAAGUUGGCGAAACUGUACAACAGUAAUCACAACACGCCCGUACAAAUUGGCUGAACUGAAGAUUGUUCCAACGCAGAUCGGUAAACAUGUGAAAUUGGAUGGAGUUCAGAAUCCGAAUAAUCUCGUUUUGAAAGUCAUUCGGAUGUUAGAAGAGAUCAACAAAACAAGCAAAAACCCAGAGUCUUGCAUUAAUGACUUAAAGGAACAACAGCUCUGGCAUUUCAGUGAACAUCCAGGCCUACUUCUUCAUAUUGUUUGGCUCUGGCAAAAGAACAACUUAAGAGACAAGUUGAUUUCCACGCUUUACCAGCAAAUGAUUGAAGAAAGAUGGUUUGACAUGUGUGACAAAAAAAAUCAGGCAAAAGAUCCACGAGAGCUGUAUGACGUACUGAGCGAAAUAGCAUUUCACAAAAUGAUUUCUGAAAACCAGGACGAAUCAUUCGUGUUUAACAUCAAGGGGAUACAGCUAGAAAAAUUUAUGCAGUAUAAGAAUGCAUCGCUUGAAUCUGGUAUCUUAACGACCAGCUAUGUACCUGGAAAACGCUUUCCUCAGUACAGAUUUCUCCACAAAACAUUUCAAGAAUUCUUUGCAGCUCUUUAUGUGUCAAAACGAGGUUCGGCAUUGUCCACAUCAUGCAAGCUUGUGAAAAACAUAUACUCGAAUCACAGGAACGAAAGUGUAUUUGCUUUGAAGCAGGUGUUCCUUUUUCUGUGCGGUUUGAAUCCAUAUGCAGCAAAAGUGUUUUCAAAAACACUUAACGAGCUGUUUACUGAGAAAUAUGAAAACAUGCGUUCGGCUCAUUCAUUCCAGGAAAUGAUUCUAAGAGGCUACGAGGAGGCAGAAAGAAAUGGAUGCAUCGGGGAGGAGUUCUGCUUGCAGCAUAUUGUUCUUAAUCAAUGGCUUACAUGGAAUCAAAAGUCAAUUUUGAAAGUGGUAUUGGAUAAAAGAAAAUCCAAUCUCGAAUCAUUACAUAUUGAUGGAGAAAGCGACUUAACCUCUUCCCUGCAGUACAUUGGCGAUCCAACUAUUUUAAACCUACAGUCUUGCCAGCAUUUAAAAUAUGUUGUGAUUCAAAACAUUCCGUAUGAUGAUAUCAACGAGCUGAAUUUGAAUGGAGUAUUAGAAUGUACAAUACGAUUCAGAGGCUACAAACCAGCUAUUAAACUGAUAUCGUCAUUGCAGUCCUCAGAUUUACGAAGUUUGAAAAUACUUAAACUGGUAAAUGUUGGUUUGGAACGUAAAGCCAUGGACAUAUUUUCAAGACUAAAAUAUGUCAGAUUGCUAAGCCUCCAAUGGAGCAAGGCGAGUCCACCAAAUGAUUCAAAUUUGGACCUUGAUCACCUUAGACAUCUCGAUUACCUCGAAACACUCUCACUUAAAGGCCUACAUUUCUCUGACGUUGUAAAUCUACACAUGCAAAAUCUGCAGAAGUUAGAUGUUGGGUUUAGAACACAACAACGAGCACCACAAUUGAUGGCAUCAUUACUACAAGAAGGUGACGGUUCAAUUACAACAUUUCCUGAUGGGACACACUUUGUCAUUAGAGACCUUAGACUUCACAACAUCCUAUUUUCCGCAAUAGUGUUCAGGCGUCUCGUAAGUUUGGUGUUACAGUCGCGACAUUCUGUAUGCGUUAAGCUUGAGACAUGUACAAUCGAAGAGGACAUAAAGCAGCUGCCGGAGGAGAUGGAGAACCAGCCCGCCUUCCACAUGGUGGUUCCACAUCCUGCAUCACCUGGCUAUGAAACAAACAUUAAGAUAUUGGAAGUGACAUUGUCAGCAAAGAUGUUCAGGUUUCUCGUAAAUGGGAUAAUGCAGUCUGGAAAAAUUGUGGACUGUGAGUUAAUGAAUUGUAUAUUGAAGCCUAACGAGGAGUUGAGGCGACUGAUGAUGGAGAUAGAGAACCAGCCCAAAAUCCAUGUGAAUAAGUUCAGCAGGGGCGAACAAGGCCGGUGCAUUAAAUUUUCAAGGUCAUCAGUCAAGGCUUAGAAGUGGCGUUUGAAUACGAAUAUAUUCAUCUCAUUUGGAGGAUCUAACAAUGUUCAGUUCUUCUAACAUUUGCUAACUGGUAUCAUCGAACAUUAGAUGUUUGUGUUAGUGACGUUAAAUUCCAAGUAAAGUUGAUAUCGAAAACAUCCGAAACAAACGUUAUUUUACAAAUAUUAAAAAAACAAGAUACCAAACAAAGACAAAAGUCGGGAAUGCCUGUGAAAACAAUUCAUAUUUGUAUAACAUUGAAAAGAACUUGUAUAUGUUUGGUAUUAGGACACGAUGUUUAGAAGUUUUGUUUCUGUAGUUUUAUACUACUUGGCAUGUGUAGCUUCUUCUUCAUUAAACUAUACCUUUCAAUUGUCAUACUAAUAUUUUGUAUUCGGCGUUUUUUGUUUGUUUGCGUUAAUUUCAAAAUAUAAAGUGUUUAUAAAUGUUUAAAGAUUGUUUGUACAUAAAAGAAAUCAUAAGAACAAUUCAAAACACAGUUUUAUAUAGGUUGUUGUUGUUUAUUUGUAUUAAUUAACGAUCCUUAUAUAGUUCGUUACAAUUUCUCGUUUGGUUGUUGUUUAUUUAUCGAUUAGAUGAUCUUCAUAUAUUUCGUUUUAUUAUGGUGUAUUAUCUAUGUUCUGAAUGACACGCAUGCUGUUCUUUCGGCCGGUGGAUAAUCGUGUAUGUUACGAAGUUAAUCUAUGUUGUGAAUUUCGCGCAUGUUGUAUUUUUAUUGUAUACAAUUGAAUAUUGCACUUCCUCUGCUUGUUUACAAAUUGCAAAUUGUUGUUAACUGUUUGUUCGCAUGUGUUAUGUUUGGUGUUGCACGGUUUACAUUUGUUGUUAAUGGCAUGCAUGUCGAGAGUCUUUUGUAGUAUUGUGGAUGUUAUGAUAUUUAUCUAUAUUUCAAAUGACUAACACGUAGGAACAUAAAGUGGAUACAAACUGAGCUGAUAACCGUUAAUGACAGAGAUUCUUUUUUCAUAACAUUAAAAGAAAACAUAUAUAUUGUCUACAGGCUAACCCUGUGUUAUAUUAUUGUUUCAUUGAAGUGGUAUGAUCCCUCAUUAUGGUAUUGUUAAAAGUAAUAUGUAUCUUAGAUUGUGCAAAGUGUAUCUAUUUUGUGAAUAUCACAAAUGAAGUGUAAAGAUAAAUAUGUUUCAGUGUGAUGUUCGACGCUCAAAUUAUAGUUGACUCAAACUGUUAAAAGUAAAGGUAUUUCAUGGCUUAAAGUUUGUUACUUUAAAAUUCAUUUAUGAUUGUGUUCGUGUUUAUUUUAUGUACCAGUAUUAAACUAUGUGAGUUUAUGUUGAGAACAUUUUUUGUAUUAGAAUAUGAUUGUUAAGUUUAUGUCUUGUUUAAAAUACAUGUACUCAUAUUUGGUCAUUAAAUUGGCUAACUGAACAUGCAUUUACAUUGAUUUUGCAUGAAUUUACCUUGACCAUGCAUGUAUUAACCUUGAUAAUGCAUCUACUUUCUUUAUUGAUAAGGAAUGUCUUCCUGUUUGUGUUCUAUUUUACUUUUAAUAAAAGAUAUUUGCUACA